AUGGCUGCGGCAGCGACUGCGAGUGCGAGUGCGAGCGCGAGCGCGGGAGUGGGAGCUGAGGAGAGGGCAGCUCAUACGCUUUGCAGGCUCUUGGCCAGCGUGUUUGUGGUGCCGCUGUGCGAUUGGAAGAGCGAGUCGCCUGGUGAGUUGGUCGACUGUGGCGCGGGGCGGGGCGAAGGAUGGCAAUGACAUGAUGGCUGAUGCAGUGCACGCACGCACACACACACGCACCCACCCACACUUCCUCGCUCCCUCAGCCAGCAUCGUGCGUGCCAUUAAGGAGCACAAUGCGCAUGCUGGGCAGCAAUCGCCCAAUGCUGCUGCCGCUGCCGCUACUGCCGCUACUACCGCUCCUGCAGUGAUGGAUGUGCUGGGAGCGCUGCGACUAAUCGAUCAUCAGCUGCAUCAGCAUCCUCUGCUGCUCAGACACCGCUUCAACUCCAAGCGCAUACAGUCAGCAGCAUCAGCAUCUGAUGCUCAUGCUGCCGCUGUCGAUGAUCGAGCAGCGCCACAACAGGCAUCGUCAUCGCCAUCGACAUCGUCAUCGGAUGCGUCCAUGGACAGCACAUCCUUCGCAACUUGGCUCUCACCUCGACUCGUGUGCGCAGCUGCCUUGCUCUCUGUCCGCUUCCCCGAGCAUGCCGCGGCGGUCAAGGUGCGCCACGCCAUGCUCGAUCUGCUCCUUCGCAUGGCCCGCUUGCAGUGCCACAACUCGCCUGCCAGUCACCACGCCAGGUUCUGCUUGCUCGACUGUCUCAAGGCGGCCAUCGAUGGUGAGUCGAGUCGAGUCGAGUCGAGUCGAUGCGAUGCGAUGCGAUGCGAUGCGAUGCGAGUCGCUGCGCCGGCGGGAUCAUCGAAGCGAGCGCCGUUGACCCCUGUCGACUGACCAGCAUCGCUUUCCGCGCACCGCGCACCACGCAGUCUUUGCGACGGCCAAGUGCGCUCCCUUUGAUGCGCGCGAACCGCCAGAUGCCAGCCUGUUGCUGCCUCCUCAGGAGCAAGCAGCAGGCGCGUUGCAAGGCGCGGCACAACCGGCAGCUGCUGCUGAGAAUGGCGACGAGGUCGAGGUGCUGCUUCGCUUCUUUGUGCAACCCAUGACGGAUCAGUCACAGUGUCGACAUGCGAAUGCUUUGUUGGCAACCUUGGGCGAUGGCAUUGUGCGGACAGUGAGUGCGGUCGUGCGGUCGUGCGGUCGUUUGGUAGCGGCAAUCUGCCCACCCUCUUUGCUCACACCUCGCCCUCUCCCUCUCCCGCGCUCUCAGUGGGGACCAGACGAUCGCUCUCCCUUUUCGCGGGCCAUUCCCCGCUCUGCCGCAAGCGAUGUGGGUCACGCCCUCUUGUCGGUCACCACGCAGACCAUCACACGGCUUGCACGAGAGUUUCCAGAUCUCAUGACCGACUUGAGCUUCACUGCCACAUCGCUCCUCCUCAGCGCCAGCACUUCACAUCAGCGCGACGCCAAAGUCUUCUGCACAGCGGUUGAGCCUACACGUGCCGUAGGCGUGCUGGUUGCCAGGCUGCAGGCCAUUCAGCAUGCCCUGGCAUUGCGCGCCGUGCUUCCCCCAACGCACACAGCUCGGCUCGUAGCUUUGCUAUCGCCGCACGUCGUUCGUCUCCUCCUCUCUCCCGCAACUUUGUCCACCGAAGAGAAAGCGCGGGAAGCAGCCUUCUAUGCUCCUCUCUACGCCUUGCGAGAGUGCCUGCGCGUCUUGCGCCGGGAGACGAUGCGAGAGGAUGCCAGCGUCGAGAUGCAGCAAGCCGUGCGACAGUCGCUGAGCGGCCUCACAAGUCGCGUCGCAUCCACUCUGCUAUCCAGCGAUGACGAGGAGGAGGAGGUGGUGGACGUUGGGGCGUCAAGUCUCAACCCGCAAGACAAGCAGGUGCUGGAUGCGCGCGCCGUUCGAAAGGUCAGUCGAGCCAAUCGUAUUGAAGUUGGCCGCGUCUCUCUGACAUCAAGCAAUUCCACCUAACCCACAGCUGUGCCUGUUCGACGCGCUUGUAGCCUUGCUCGCCACCACCACCCAGAGCUCUCCACUUUCGGCAACGGAAAGAAGGCGGCUGCGAGAGCAAGCAUGCGCUAAACCGCACUUUGCCGAGUCGAACGAGGAUCGCCCAGCGACGCUCUCCUUCGCUAAUCUGAUCACCGACUCGGAUCGUCGCGCGUUGGACAGCCUCUUGACGGAGCACGCGCGAGCUGCGCAAGGCAAGCGAGGUGCGCAGCACCAGAAAACACCACCGUCGUUCAAGAAGCGCGCACUUGCCACCGGUUCUGCGACCAGUGCGGGCGAAGGACGUGCGCUUGGGUGUCGCAAAGCUAAUCGGGACGAUGUCGACGAGCUGCUGCCCGCCGGUACGAGCUCUGGUCAGGGCUAUCCCGGCGGGCUCGCGCCAUUCUGGCCAAGUGACUGGAAGCGCCUUGCGGCUUUAAAGUGUCUAGGCGCCGAAAGCCUAAUGAGACACCAAGAACGCUUGUGGUGUCCUCGAUGUCAGGACGACACAUCGCUGCCUGACAGCAAUUUCACCCGAGAUGUUUCUGCCUCUGACUCUGACGCCUCUUUUAGAGUCAUUGGCAUGGCGCUCACCACAUCUGCUCCUGCGACUUACAACGCGACAUCUGCCUUGUGCGCUCUGCGCAGCGUCAUCAUUCAUUCUGAUGGAACAAAGCUGAUCGAGUAUGCCAAUGGGUCCUUUGACGUAUGGCUAAUGCUGGUCAGUAGACAUCUCGGUGACAACCAACGAUCCGCUCGCAUUCAAGCCGGGUGAGUUGCCCAACGCUGGUCUCGCGCAUCUCGGCAUCGAGCUUAGCAUGAUGGAGCUUCUUUUUUUGGGUGCAGAAAAUUUGCCGCCACCCUGAUUGGCUUCUUUUGCAAAGAGAUGACGAGCCUCGACAGUCUGCUCAAAUGGGUCGGACCCAUCCUCGACAUCCUCAUCCAGGCUGCCGACACACCAGCCGACAAGCCAAACGCCAGCAAGACGGUAGAGUCUGCCAUCCUGGCGCUUGGUCGCGCAGCGCGGUGAGAGCUCUUGUGGGAGGAGGGGGGCAUCCUGCGAGCAAACGUACUGAUCCGCGUCAUUCUGCUCCCAGCGUUGCCCGAGACGAGGUGCUGCACCGCAUUGUAUUGAGCUUGGUCCAGCACCUCAAUGCUCCGGACCCCCUUCGAUCGCUGGUCUACCUGCAAGUCAGUACGUGCGUCGCCAUUGUCGAGUCUGAUCGCAAUGCUCACUUUCUUGGGACCCCUCUGCUCAGAUCACCGAGCUGGCACUUCACAACAACAUGACUACGUACCAGCUACUGAGUCCAGCUAUGGGUGCCAUCAGUGCUCACGUUGUGCAGCGCAUGUUUACAGCACCAACGCUGCUCGAAGAGCUCCUCGCUCUGCUCAAUCAGCAAUUGGGCAAGUUUAUACAUGCAACGCUUCCCCAUACGCUACCUCUUGCCAUCCAAAAGGGCAAUGAUCGCCUCUUGGCCGGCCUCGCUGCUGCUAUCAAGCAAUCCGAACGCGAAAUGUGUUUCGAGCACGCUGGCGCAGCUCUCAAGCACUUUCUGCUCCUAGCCGCUCCUGCUCGCGACGCCGCCAUUCAGCGUUUCGUCACCAUCAUCCGCGGCGCGACAGACAAGGCGACGCUCGAGAACAGCACGCGCCUGCUAUUGAAGAGCUUCAAACCUCAAUUGCUGGGCCACUUGGUCAUUCACCUUGGAGACGAAGACUGCAGGAAAGCGGCAGUCGAGGGACUCUUGUAUCUAGAACGCUCACGAAGCAAGAGCGAGAGUACCUCUGCAAGCGCACGCGAUGCUUCAGCUGCGCUUUCGACGUUUCUGCGCGACGACAUUUUGGAAAUUCUGGCGUGGCUAAACGACGAGCUUGCAGGCGCGCACGGAAAGACGACGCUGGCUCAAAAGAUCAGGACUGCGCGCAGCAUAGGUGCGCUGGUAGAUGCUGUGGGCCAGUCCAUCGCGUCUGUCACUCCUCAGAUCAUGGCGACGCUCAAUUCGUCGAUGCAGCUGGACGAACUGGUACUGCCCACGCUGUUCUCGUGGCAAGCAUUCAUCACAAAGAUGCGCUUCGAAGACGUUGCGCCCUUUGUCGGACAGACCGGCGCGUCUCUAGUCGCAGCCUGGCCGCGAUUUGGCGCUGCGGAAAAGCAAGUAGCUGGAAGCUUGUUGAGAUACAUUGUCAUCGACAGUGGCGCCGAAUUCGCGCCGUACCUCGAGAGCGACUUUCCCAACCUGGAUACGCUGGACGAAGAGCUGCCUGACCUCAGCACUGCUGUGCGUCAACGCCAGCGCAGCACACCCGGCCUGCGCAUCGGCAGGGUGCUAGAGCGAGCUGCAAGCGAAAACGCUAGCGUCUGCUCUCAAGGUCUGCAAGAGCUGAAGCGCUUCUUGACCCGCGAGACGGACUAUGUCCGCACCAUCACCAGCGGCAACAUGUUUGACCCCGUCGUCGGCAGAUUGGUCGACGUGCUUUUCAGCGCGGCUUCGAAAGCUACGGAAGGUCAAGCUGAUGUGCAAGAUGUAUGCUUUGAGAGUUUGGGCAUUCUAGGAGCAGUGGAUCCCGAUCGUUUCGAAUUGCCAAGUCACGAGGACACCUACAUUGUCUUGCGCAACUUCGAAGAUCGAGAUGAGAGCAUUGAUUUUUGCGUCCACCUCAUUCAACGUACCCUCGUUGGGGCCUUUCGCGCCUCGGAGGACACUCGACAUCAGGCGGCUCUGGCGUAUGCUAUACAGGAGCUCCUCAAAUUCUGCGGAUUCACACCUGCGCUGCUGGCCACGUCGAGCUCCAAGCCCGUUGCCUUGCGCGUCCGUCAGCGCUGGAACGAAAUGUCUAGCGAGACUUUGGAGACCGUCGGUCCUCUGCUCAGCUCCAAGUACACGGCGCAGAUGGGCGAGCCUACUCGACGGGAGCGUCCCGUCUACCUCAAUUCGUCGAGCUUCCGCGAUUGGAUCCAGACGCUGGCGAAUGAGCUCAUCUUGGAUGCCCAGGGUAUCGAAGCCAGCAGCAUCUUUACAAUUUUGCGCUCCGUCAUCAAGGACCACGACCUGUCCAUCGCGCGUCACAUUCUGCCGCACUUGGUGCUGCACACGCUCAUCUCCGGAACGGAAGAGCAGCGACAGUACAUUCAUGCAGAAAUCUGCUCCAUCCUCGAGGACCAAGUGACGCCGAGGACCGAGAUGGAUAGCGAACGGCGUCUAUUAUCGGCUCAGGUCAUCUUCGGACUGCUCGACCACAUCAGCUUGUGGACGCGACGCAGAAACGAGACGAGAAAGUACGCCAAACCGCGCGAAGCCGUGCCAGACAAUGCAGUCAAUCACGUUUCCACAGUGAUUGGCUGCAUUUCGGUCGAGCUCAUGGCACGAGCGGCUCUGCAGUGCAAAGCGUAUGCGCGCUCUCUACUGAACUUUGAGCGCCGCGUGCGGGAUCUGAAAGCUAGCGGCACCAAGGAGCUCGAUCUGCAAAAUUACUACGAGGACAUGCACUUCAUCUACUCCAACCUCGAGGAGCCAGAUGGAAUGGAAGGCAUCUCUACGAGCGUCCUGGCCCCAUCGCUGGAGCAUCAAAUCAGAGAACACGAGAGCUUGGGUCGUUGGACGUCUGCUCAAAGCUGCUGGGAGGUGAAGCUGCAAGCUCAUCCGAGCGAGCCGGAUCUGCACGUCGGGCUGCUCCGCUGCUUGCGCAACCUCGGACACUACGACACCAUGCGGACACACAUUCGCGGAGUCCUCAGCGCUCAUCCCGAGUGGCGUUCCAUGCUGGCAUCGUACGAAGUGGAGGGCGCUUGCAUAUUGGCUGACUGGGAUGCGGUCCGCUCCGCGCUCGCUCUCGAAACGCACCAAAGCGACGCGCAUGCCAUGGCUCGCAUCGCGCUCGCCAUGCAUGACAAGGAUCAAGAAGCCAUGCACCAGGCUAUGCGCGAAGCGCGGCGUCUUGUCGGACGUCCAAUCAUCGCAGCAGGUGUAGGAUCGUACGCUCGUGCAUAUGACUCGGUAUCGCAACUGCACAUGAUUCACGAGCUGUUCCUCAUCCAACAGCAGGACGAGAAGAAUGUGCUAUCUACGGCUACAGCAACCCAACGCGGCCAACGCGAGCAAACUCAGCAAACUCAGCACGCCUUUUCGGCUCACAUGCUGCAGCGCCUCAACGCCACCCUGCCAUCUUUCCGCACUCGCGAACCUCUGCUGAGCUUGCGACGAUCGGCUUUUGCGACCCGUGCGAUCGUCGACUCUGUGUCCAGCGCGCUGAUUGGGCAAGCUUGGAUUCAGACGGCCAAAAAUGCGCGACACGCAGGACACGACCAGACUGCUUACAGCGCCGUCUUGCAAGCUACGCAGCGCAAGGUGCCGCUCGCAUUUGUUCAGCGCGCCAAGCUGCUCGCGCUGGAUGACAAGAAGCAGACGGCCGUGCAGGAGCUUACGAGCGCUCUGGCAGCGGUUUCCGACUUGAGUGCAAACGCAGCUCGCACGCGCUCGCGCUCGCAGCAAGAAGGCAGCGUGCUGGGCGACCCUGUCGAUCCGAGCGGUCCCGACAGAAAGUCGCUCGCUCGAGCGCAUCUUUUGCGCGCAAGACUGAUCGAAGAGACUGGCAGAUACUCGCCGAAUGAGGUCAUCGAAUCGUACAAGCGAAUUGCCGAGGUGGAGAGCGCAUACGAAAAAAUGUGGUACUGCCUUGGACGCUACUACGACACCAACCGGGACAAUCUGGUCAACGAUCUCUGGUGCGAUUACUACGUCUGUCGGUACUACAUGAAGUCGGCGCAGAGUGGCACCAAGUACUUUUACCGCACCGUGCCUCGCAUGAUGACCAUCUGGCUCGAUGUCGGCGAUGAUCCGGCUCUGAUCAAAGCUGCCGGCAAGCAAGUGUGAGUCGUGUCGUCAAACGCCGAACGUGAAGAGAGAGUGAGCUGAAGCUGUCUUUGACUGCCUCACUUGUGCAGUACCAAGACUACAGAUGCCGAGCUCUACCACAAGACGGACACCUUUGAAAAGAUUUCGUCCGAGCUGCGCAAGGCGAGCUCACGCCUUCAACGCUACCAGAUUCUCGCGGUGCUUCCGCAACUGCUGUCCCGCGUCGUGCACAAGCAUCCCAGCGUCUGGGAGACUCUGAGCGAAAUCAUCUUGGCUGCGGUAGACGUUUUUCCCCAUCAAUCGCUGUGGGCGAUGAUGGCUGGCUUUCAGUCAAAGGAUUCCGAGCGCAAGAAGCGUUUCAUGGAUCUGGUGAAGAAGCUCAAGGUAUGAUUUGGUUGCUCUCGUCGCACCAUCGUGGUUUGACGUGCGCUCACACACUUUCGUCCUGCUCCCCUUUCUCACGUCACAGAGCGGCGUGGGUGCUAGAGCAAAACGCAUCAGCGCCAUCGUAGAGGCUUCGCAGAAGAUGGGCAAGGAGCUACUCUUCCUAGCGGACGCGCCUGUCAAGUCCAAAGAGACGCAGCUCAAUCUUCCUUUGCAGUUUCCCAAGCUGCAGGCUUUGGCUGACAGCGGCUUGAUACUGCCAUUGCAGUCAUCGGUGGUGGUAAGCUUGCCAGGCAAUGGUCAGAUUCCUACAGACUACGAUCCCUUUGGAAGCCCCAACGGUCUUCCUCGUCUUAGUGGUAAGUCGAGAUCACCAUGUCUGCACCGCAAGAUGGGGACUUUGCCUGACUUGGCUUUCGUUCAUCGCGCCGCAGGCUUCGAUGCGACAAUCGAUAUCAUGCCCUCGUUGCAGAAACCACGCAAGGUGAUCAUGCUGGGCAGCGACGGCAAGCGCUACCCAUUCUUGUGCAAGCCCAAGGACGAUCUUCGCAAAGAUGCUCGUCUGAUGGAGUUUGAUUCGAUGAUCAACAAGCUGCUUCAGGCAGAUUCGCAAGCGCGUCGACGGAGACUACGUGAGAAUAGUGCAUUUUUACUGGUACCGCCUUGGCCAGCGAAGCUCAUUCCCACCACCUUCUCGAUGUGUUUUGUCAGACAUUCGCACUUACUCUGUGAUUACGCUGAACGAAGAAUGUGGGCUCAUUGAGUGGGUGCCAAACACCAUUGGUUUGCGUCACAUUCUGCAGAAAAAUUACGCCCGACGAGAUAUCCCGCUUUACGUGAGUGCCGUCCGGAUCGCUCAUCCACUUGCAGGACACUCAGACUCAUGAAGCCAAUUUCCUUCUACAUGGCAACAGACGCACGACCUCAAAGUCUUGCUCGACGAAGCACGAAACAAGCCACGUAAAGCUGCGGACAUCUUCGAAAAGCAGGUCUUGUCUCGGUAAGACAAGUAGGAGCGAUUGUCGGGCUCUGACGACGCGUGCUGACCGAAACGUUCGUUGACCUCUUCGCAUUCCCAAAGCUAUCCAUCCGUAUUCCACGAGUGGUUCAUUGCGACUUUUCCCGAGCCCUCGGCUUGGCUCAAAGCGCGCUCGGCUUACGCUCACACGCUCGCAGUCAUGUCCAUGGUCGGCUACGUGCUUGGGUUCGUGCGACGGAAAUCCGUGCUUUUGAUUUCCGAUCUGACCUGUUAUUUCCCUCUUCGUGUCCAGACUCGGUGACCGACACGGCGAGAAUAUACUAUUCGACGCGAGCAACGGUGACACUGUCCACGUGGACCUCAAUUGUCUUUUCGAAAAGGUGCGUUCGUCCUGUGCCAAAAUGCGCGAGAGCUACAGUUUUGAAUGACUGUUGCGCCCACCUCGCAGGGCCUCUCGUUCGAGAUCAAAGAAGUCGUGCCCUUUCGAUUGACUCACAAUAUGGUGGAUGCGCUCGGUGUGACCGGGGUCGAAGGUCAGUUUGCCCUUCUUGAUUGCGAAGAUCAUCACGAUACUGAUCCCCGACACUUGCAACCGCGUCUUUAGGAGUCUUUCGUCGCGCGGCCGAAAUUUCCAUGCGGAUCCUGCGAGACAACAGGGACUCGCUGAUGAGCGUGCUCGAGGCCAUGAUCCACGAUCCGCUCGUAGAGUGGGCUGUUGACAGCGCCCCCAAAAGCAAGGUGCGCUGCACGUCCCUAUGCAACAAAAUUCGUGGCUCUGGCUCAAUGUAUCGGAUUCUCAUUCUCCUUUUACCGCAUACACAGGCUGGACAAGAUCCGCGCCUUGCGGCAGCUCGCAAGGCCCUGAGUCCAGUGCAGUCCAAGUUGGACGGCCUCCUUCGCUCCCACGACAGGUGGACCGGCCCUCACUCCGUCAACAAUGCCGUCGACACGCUGAUUCGAGACGCGACUAGCUCGCAGCUGCUUGCUUCCAUGUGUGAGUUGCGAUGCCAAUUCCUGAGCCGUGGUCUUCUGCUGGAAUGGUUCUCUCACUCACGUGGACUCUUUGCCAUCGUAGAUGUUGGGUGGGCCAGCGUGAGUAACCUCAACAUCAUUACGUUUGUCGAAACAAUGGUUGACUCGAGAUGUCCGCCUCCCUCCAGUACCUUUGA